AUGACGCAGGGUCCGGGCGGGCGCGCGCCCCCCGCGCCCCCCGCGCCCCCGGAGCCCGAGGCGCCCACCACCUUCUGCGCGCUGCUGCCCCGCAUGCCGCAGUGGAAGUUCGCGGCCCCCGCCGGCUUCCUGGGCCGCGGCCCGGGGGCGGCGCGGGGCGCGGGGGCCGCCGAGCCCGAGCCCGAGCCCGAGCCCGAGCCCGAGCCGGCCGGCGUCCCGGCGCUGGCGGCCGCGGUGCUGGGCGCCUGCGAGCCGCGCUGCGUCGCGCCCUGCCCGCUGCCUGCGCUCAGCCGCUGCCGGGCCGCCGGGGCGCGGGGUCCGCGGGGCGCGCGGGGGGCGGCCGGGCCCCCGGACGCCGCCGCCGCCGACGAGUGGAUCCGCAAAGGCAGCUUCAUCCACAAGCCGGCGCACGGCUGGCUACACCCGGACGCCAGGGUUCUGGGGCCCGGGGUCUCGUACAUCGUGCGGUACAUGGGCUGCAUCGAAGUCCUCCGCUCCAUGCGCUCCCUGGACUUCAGCACGCGCACCCAGGUCACCAGGGAAGCCAUCAACCGGCUCCACGAGGCUGUGCCUGGCGUCCGGGGCUCCUGGAAGAAGAAGGCCCCCAACAAGGCGCUGGCCUCCAUCCUGGGCAAGAGCAACCUGCGCUUCGCGGGCAUGAGCAUCGCGGUCAGCAUCUCCGUCGACGGCCUCAACCUCUCCGUGCCCGCCACGCGCCAGAUCAUCGCCAACCACCACAUGCAGUCCAUCUCCUUCGCGUCGGGCGGCGACACGGACAUGGCGGAUUACGUGGCCUACGUGGCCAAGGACCCCAUCAACCAGCGAGCCUGUCACAUCCUGGAGUGCUGCGAGGGCCUCGCGCAGAACGUCAUCAGCACCGUGGGCCAAGCCUUCGAGCUGCGCUUCAGGCAGUACCUGCACAGCCCGCCCAGGGCGGUCGUCCCCCCGGAAAGACUGACCGGGAUGGAGGACUCGGCCUGGGGGGACGAGGAGGUGGCAGAGCACAGCUACUACAACAGCAUCCCCGGGAAGGAGCCGCCGCUGGGGGGGCUGGUGGACUCCAGGCUCGCCCUCACGCAGCCCUGCGCCCUCGGGGCCCUCGGCCAGGGAGCAUCUCCUGCUCGAAGGGACGCCCGCGGCCUGCAGUGGGACGUGGCUCCCUCAGCCCCGCCCGGGGACGGCUACAUGCAGGCGGAUGCCCGAGGCCCGCGAGACUACGAGGACCACCUGUACGUCAACACGCAGGGUCUGGACGGCGCGGAGCCCCUGCAGCCUGAGGACAGCCCCAAGAAGGACCUGUUCGACAUGCGACCCUUCGAGGAUGCCCUGAGGCUGCACGAGUGCUCCGUGGCGGUGGGCCCAGCGGCGGCAGCCCCCCUUCCCGUGGCGGACCAGUGGCCCAGCCCCCCCACCCGCCGGGCCCCCAUCGCCCCCACGGAGGAGCAGCUGCGGCAGGAGCCCUGGUACCACGGCCAGAUGAGCCGUCGGGCGGCGGAGAGGCUGCUUCGAGCGGACGGCGACUUCCUCGUGCGGGACAGUGUCACCAACCCCGGGCAGUACGUCCUCACCGGCAUGCACGCGGGGCAGCCCAAGCACCUGCUGCUCGUGGACCCCGAGGGCGUGAUUCCGUUCCUCUUUACCCGGUGCUUUGGAUUUACCAAGCAUUUUCCAGUUCUAGAAGACGUUUCGGUUUUACACAGGAUGUCCCAGUCUAUGAAGCAUUUGGAGGGGUUACAAACCCUUUUCCAACCUCAAGGCUUUUCAGGGCUUACAAAGGACCAUAUUCCAUUCAUUGUAAGAUGCACUCCCCCCCAUUCUGUCAUCACUAAUGCACCUGACAAACAGUGAUGCCUCUGAGUGGUAAAUACAGCCGUUUCAAUCUUUAACGUAUCUGACCGUUCACAGAGCGCAUCUCCAUUUACAAGGAGUUUUAGGGCCUACAAAUGACUGAAUUGCUUCAGCCCUGUGGUACAGACUUCCCUCUCAUUCUGACAUCUCUAAAGUCUUGAUUUUUUUUUAACCAUCAAUUGCAUCUUUGAAUUUUCUCAUCAUUGAACUUGGAGGUAUUUUCCUCUCCUUGUACGUAAAUUGUGAUGCAUCUUGCAGCUGCCUUGAGUCAGUGAGGGUUGGCA